UGGGUUUUCAGUAUUCAGCAAUACUCCCCUAGGGUCCUCAUCAUGGCUCGAACGAAGCAGACCGCUAGGAAGAGCACAGGCGGCAAAGCGCCUAGAACAUCUCUUGCCGGGUCUUUGCCCUCCUCUAGGAAGCCACCACCCAAGCCGGAGCACAACUAUCUAGAAGAGGCCCGACAGCUUGCGGGCUGGCGUCAACGGGCGACGGCGAUUGAUCCUCCAAAUGUGUCUGUGAAUCGAGAUGAGUGUCUCUUCGACAUCUGGAUUGACGCACUACGUUCUACGAGAAUUCUUCUAUUAUUCUGCAAGCCUGAUAUAUGCAUCCAUUUCAGCGGUCGUGUAUAUAGGUUGGAUAAACAAGACUUUGAUGGCUUUGUCGCUCUCGCUCAUGCGGCAUUAGCAGAGUGUGCUAAAAUUGGGAAUCUCUUUAACUGGUCGACUGCUACCUGUCAACCACAUUCAAGGCUUAGAGUUGUUAAAGGCACCUACACCACCUCCGCGGGCCAUACUUACCCAGAAUUUGCUGAAGCCAAGUAUACUAGCUUUCAUCCGUGCCCGCCUAGACAACUUAUGACCCAGGCCACUAAUCUGGAGUCUUCAGAAGAGGAUUCUUCAGAAGAGGACCGGCUGCCAGAGCUACAUGCUCUAUCCGCACUACUUUCGCUCGCCUAUGUCGGGUAUUCGGCAGAGUUCAAUUCAGAAGCACAGAACGGCCCAAUCUCUGAAAUCAUGAGAAUGUUUGAAAAUUCCGUCCUUGGUUGUCUAGUAGAGAGACUUGGUGGAAUCGAAGAAGCAAACGAAGAAGCGACUAUACAAGAAGAAGUUAAUGCACAAAUAGAGUCAGAGCUUCAGCAGUAUUUGGAAGAUAGCCAACCCAGUCCUGACUGAACAGUACGUCUGGCGCCCGAAGGACUUAGCUGUAAAGGUUCAAAGAGUUGUUAUCUGUCCAUUACCUACUCGAACGAGUAUAUCAAUUCUGAAACGCGGCCUGACCAGAACCCCUCGCUGGUUAGAGAACGAAAGAGUGAGUGGCCGGAUGCGUAACUAGAAUAUUUAAUUUAACACCAUUAUCUUUUGACUUCUAACUGACCAGUCUCAUGACCGAGCAAUAUUAUAUUCGUUAGUAUAUAUUUUCCUGUUUGCAGGUUUUGCCUUAUCGAAGAGCUCCGGGGCACACUUCGCAUUUCAGUUUCUAACUAAAUAUAUCUCCCCCUCCAGCCUUUAUUUACAUAGAGC